UGCGGCGCUCUGGCCCACACAGAUGCUACUCUGUGGCAUCUCGGGUUCCCUCUGGCUGAGCUCUGGAGGACUACGCUCGUUUCCUUUUUGCUUGUGAGGCCCGGCAGCCUCGGCUGAGCUGAGAGAAAGAUGGCGGCGGCCGUGCGACAGGACUUGGCCCAGCUCAUGAAUUCGAGUGGCUCUCAUAAAGAUCUGGCGGGCAAGUAUCGUCAGAUCCUGGAAAAAGCCAUUCAGUUAUCUGGGGCAGAACAACUAGAAGCUUUGAAAGCUUUUGUGGAAGCAAUGGUAAAUGAGAAUGUCAGCCUUGUGAUCUCUCGGCAGUUGCUGACUGAUUUCUGCACACAUCUCCCUAACUUGCCUGAUAGCACAGCCAAAGAAAUCUAUCAUUUCACCUUGGAAAAGAUCCAGCCUAGAGUCAUUUCAUUUGAGGAGCAGGUUGCUUCCAUAAGACAGCAUCUUGCAUCCAUAUAUGAGAAAGAAGAAGAUUGGAGAAAUGCAGCCCAAGUGUUGGUGGGAAUUCCUUUGGAAACAGGACAAAAACAGUACACUGUGGAUUAUAAACUGGAGACAUACCUGAAGAUUGCUAGGCUAUAUCUAGAGGAUGAUGACCCAGUCCAGGCAGAGGCUUACAUAAAUCGAGCAUCAUUGCUUCAGAAUGAGUCAACCAACGAACAGUUACAGAUACAUUAUAAGGUAUGCUAUGCACGUGUUCUUGAUUAUAGAAGAAAAUUCAUUGAAGCUGCGCAAAGGUACAAUGAGCUCUCUUACAAGACAAUAGUGCACGAAAGUGAAAGACUAGAGGCCUUAAAACAUGCUUUGCACUGUACCAUCUUAGCAUCAGCAGGGCAACAACGUUCUCGAAUGCUAGCUACUCUUUUUAAGGAUGAAAGGUGCCAGCAACUUGCUGCUUAUGGGAUCCUAGAGAAAAUGUACCUGGAUAGGAUCAUCAGAGGAAAUCAACUUCAAGAAUUUGCUGCCAUGCUAAUGCCUCACCAAAAAGCAACUACAGCUGAUGGUUCUAGCAUCUUGGACAGAGCUGUUAUUGAACACAAUUUGUUGUCUGCAAGCAAAUUAUAUAAUAAUAUUACCUUUGAAGAACUUGGAGCUCUUUUAGAGAUCCCUGCAGCUAAGGCAGAAAAGAUAGCAUCACAAAUGAUAACAGAAGGACGUAUGAAUGGAUUUAUUGAUCAGAUUGAUGGAAUAGUACACUUUGAAACACGAGAAGCCCUGCCAACAUGGGACAAACAGAUCCAAUCGCUUUGUUUCCAAGUGAAUAACCUUUUGGAGAAAAUUAGUCAGACAGCACCGGAAUGGACAGCACAAGCCAUGGAAGCCCAGAUGGCUCAGUGACUCCUUGCAGAACUUCUGUGCACACUACAUCUUUUUCCAUGCUGUACAGAUUAAUUUCACUGUCUCCAAAGCAUUUGCAUCAUGACCUUAUGUAUUUCAAUCCCUUUUAUGCUGGAUUCCAUUUAAAGAAGAUAUUAUUAGAGCAGGAAGUACAAGCAUUUAAAAAUAUGUAGUUCCCAUAUAUUCAGGGUCUCUGUGUAUCAAGCUAACUCAGAAGUUUUGAAAGUGUUUUCUUUAAACAGAGUAAGUGAAAUAUCUGUGGCUAAGAAGUUUGGGAUUUGUGAUAACUUUGUAGUCAUGUAAAACUUAAGUGCUUUGUGCCUCUCCAAAUGUGGUUAUUCUAAUAAAUGGAGAAGUGAGCCAAAUAAAGGUAGUACUUUGUUUUAAAUUAG